AUGAUAGCGGAACAGUGUACCCUAGAGAUCGCAAGCGCAGCGCGCGCGAAGAGAUCCCCAGUAAGCGGGACGGCUAGCGGUGUCCCUCCCAGUCCGGAGAGAGUCGUGGGACGCUCUAGAUCCCGACCCACCGUGUCCCAGUCGCAACCUACGUCCAGGUCAUCGUCGCCUUCGUCUCGUAGCAGCGGCCCCAUGUCUCUGGCCAGCGCGCGCAGACGGCCCUCGGGCAUUCCCCGGUCUCUAGCGGGUUCCAGGGAGACCAGUCCUACCAGAACGGGUCGGUCCAGCAGCGUGGUCGGGUCGGCCAUCCGCAGACGCGAGUCGGUCGAGAGGACCGCGCCCUCCCGCGCGCCCACCGCCACGCUGCGGCUGCUGCGACAAACUAGGGAUGCAGAGGGAACGCUGAGGAGCCCCGAAGACAGUUCGGCGUGCGACGGCGGCCGCGGCAGGGACGACGACUCUGAAGCUUCCAGCGUCUGCUCGGAGAGGAGUCUGGACUCCUACAGGAGGCAUGAUAGCGUGUCAUGGUCCGGCUCAGCUAGCCGACUCGGCUGGGAGUGCGGCUCCCCGCCGCCGCCGCCCCCGCCGGAUGAUAUUAUUGAACUAUGUGCCUGCACGCACUGGACCGAGAGGAAGGAUGGCCUCACACACUUGGCCAACUACCUAAACAGCGGUCGCCUCCUAACCGACGAGCAGUUGAAGCGACUCACAGAACUCCUCAACAAAAUGUUUGUGGACGCGCACACGAAAGUGUUCUCACUACUACUGGAUGCUGUGUGCGAGUUGCUGCUGGUACAUUGGCAGCAGCUUAAAGACUGGCUAUACCAGUUGGUGUUCAGAUUGCUCAUGAAACUCGGCACGGACAUUUUGGGCUCAGUCCAAAGCAAGAUCAUGAAGACAUUGGACGUCAUACACGAGUGCUUCCCGGCUGAAUUACAGCUACACAAUAUAUUCAGGUUCCUAGCAGAUGGCGCAACGGCCCCGACCACGAAAACCAAGGUGGCCGCGCUUCGAUUCCUGGCUGACUUGGCGCACGAUUACUGCACGCCCAAUAGCUUAGCGGUGGCGCUACAUGGUGGCGCGACAGGCGUAGCGGGCCGCGCUCUGGUCAAAGUGUCCUUGCUGGCGAGCGACCCGCGCGCCGGUGACGUCAGAGCGGCCGCAAGACGCGCGCUCGCGUGCCUUUAUGACUGCAACCCCGUGCCGUUCACGGCGCUAAUGAGCGAACUACCCGCGGAAACCCAAGCGAUGGUGAACGGAGUCGUUCAACAACACGUCAGAAGGACUUCCAGCACUGGCAGCGACAGCCCGCUGCGUACCGUCAGUAGCACUAGCAACUCGGGCGCGGCUGAAGACGUGUACUCGCGGAUACGGAAGACCACCAGCGAGAUUCACACCUACACCGCGCAACAUGCUAAUGCGGAGUGCGGCAAUCAUAUGUCGAGCAAGGACUCGGGCAUCAGCCAGAUGUCUGACGUCACGCUGUCCAACCGCGGCCACAAUGGCGUCCCCAACGGGCAUUAUAACGCAGAAGCUCUGGCGCGCGCGGCCUCUGCAGACAGUUCUGAAGAAGCUCCCAGCACUAAAGAGUCUUCGCCUGUACCGCACGCAAGGCUCGACUACCCUCACGCGCACGGAGAAUUCAAUUCAAGUCACCUUGGCAGAGACAAGAUGAAACCUUACGAAACGGACGAGAAUGGAUAUAUUAUUACCAAAUCGGGCCUCCGUGAACAAGAAGUCUUAGAAGCCCUAUGCAAGCUUGACGCGACGCAAGCGCCGCCUGAACAAUGGGAGCGUCUAUUGCUGGCCACACAUGAGCUUUUGAAAUAUGGAGAUUGCCGCGCGCCUUGCGAGUAUUUCAAAAACAUCGUCAGGGUGGCGCUGGCGGCGCUGACGAUCGAAGAGGGUUCGGGCGACAAGGAGAACACUGAGAACGCUUCCAACGCACAGCAGUCUUCAGGCUGGGGCACGGCCAACGAGCGCGCCGCGGCCGAGGCAGUGAAAGUGUUAAUCUGGCUGUGCCGCCGAUCCGAAACGCGCGCCCAGUGGCUGGACUACUUCGACCUUAUACUGCUGAAGCUUAUCAACGCAUACGGAGCGUUAAACAAGGAGGUGAUGCGAGCAGUGGACGCCGGUAUGCCGCACAUCGCUCAGGCAUUGCCGGCACAGCAGGUGCUAGCUCUCCUCAAGCCGGUGAUCCGCACCCGCGGCUAUCCCACGUCCCUGUGCGCGCUCAAGCUCGCCGCAGAGGUGGCCAAGGCUCGCAGCCACGAGCUGAGCGACGAGACUGUGGCCUCGCUCAUGGAGGGCGUCGGACAGCUGGCCGACCACCAGAACUCUGCUGUGCGCAAAGCAGCUGUGUUCUGCAUGGUGGCCUUUACCUUCGCGCUGGGCGAGGAGCGUAUGCAGCCGCAUCUCAAGCACCUGUCCGUCAGCAAGUACCGGCUGCUGCAGGUGUACAUAAGCAAGCAGCGCGAGGAGGCGGGCCGUCCCGGCGGCGGCGGUUCCGGCGGCACGUAGCGGCGGCGGCGCGCGCGCACCACCACGCGCGCCACGCAGACUGACGCGCGCUAGGCAGCCGCCAUCUUGGACGCCAUCUUGGACGCCAUCUUGGACGCCAUCUUGGUUGCUUGGUGACGUAACGUAACUAGGGUUGCCAGAUGGAAACUUACCAAAUCCGGGACAAUCCUACUAGGACAACGGUCUUGGGACUUGGCCAUAGUAAAAAUAUCUUGGUUUCUCAAAUGAUUUAAUUUGUAUUUUAAAAGAAAAAUGCCAUUUAUUUUCAAAUACACACUUAUUAAAUAAGUAAUGUACGUCAACGUACAUAAUAGGACUCACAGGCAGGCCAGCCGUGUCAUUUGUUAUUACAUAUAUUAGUUUAUUUUGACACAUAACUAUUAGGUUUUCGGAAAUCCGGGACAGUAAUGUCUAAUUACUGGACACGGGACAUGACGCAAAAUUCCGGGACAAUCCCGGAUUUCCCUGGCAUCUGGCAACCCUAAAUGUAACUGACACGUUAUAAAGAAGAUCAUAGGUCGCGCAAAAAGAGUUGAGGCGAAGACAUAGUCACACUUGAUGUAAUAUUGGUCCUUACCUAUGAAAUUAGCGUUAUUUUUUCUUCAAUAUUCAUUAGUAUUUCCUUCAUAUUGUAGCUAUGUUCAUCGUUCUUUUUUAUUUGAAAUUUGAUUUCAAGGACUUACUUUUAACCAACUUCUAUAUACAUUUUUAACAAAUUUUGAUUUUUUUCAAUAAGAAUUAAAUCUUCAAAGAUUAGGACGAGCUGCGUCCUAAGUGGCAUCAGUUUUCGUUACAAAAAUAAAAAUAUUUUUAUACAGAUACCAAUUAAAAAAACUUAAUGUUUUCUAUUGCAUAAGUGUUGUUUCAAACUACCUACAAAAUUUCAAAAAAAAUAUUUUCGUAAAUUCUCCAUACAAAACGCUAAUUUCAUAGGUAAGGACCUUAGUAUUUGAACAUACAAAUCAGAUACAAAUCUUUGCUUAUGUUGACAACUUUCGCUGCGCGACCUAUGCUUGUUAAAAUGGUGUGCCGAUCAUUAAUCGGUUACGGAUUAAUUAAAAAAUAAUAUGUCAAGAUUUUGUUUAGUUCCAAUGAAUACAGUAAUAAAUAUAGUCUUGAAAAUUUGAUUCACUAAUCUUUUAAAAGCUAAAGUAAAACUUUCACUGUGUAAAAUGUAAACACAUCACAAAUACAUAAUUAACUAAAUAGCAUCACACUUUUUUAUUUUAUGAACACGGAAUAAAUAUCACUUUUUGCAAAAACAGAAAAAAUAAUACUGUAAAGAAUAAAUGAAAAAAAUAUUUAACACAUUUUUAAAGUACUAAUUAUUUUGACAACUUCAUAACCUGAUGGAACGUUACUCAAACGUCAAAAACCAAACAAAAUGGCGUCUAUAACUGUCAAAGAACAAGAUGGCGACGAAAGAACUGUCAAAGUGUAGCACAGUCGAACGCGGCGGGCGGUUAUUUAAACGUUUAUUUGUGACGAAUGUCGGUUGAACGCGGUGUUGUAUAAACAACUUUAAGUCGGAGUGUUUGAGCUCUAAGUCGCGUGACGAACGCUUGAUGUUACUCGAGAGAAACGGUGUUGAGAAAGAGACGGCGAUUUUUAUUUGUAUAGCUAUCUCUGUCAUUUACACGAAAUAAAGUUAAUUUUUGUGCAUACUUCGUCUCUUUCUAUCGAAUAUUGUUUUCUCUAUGAUAGAAAGAGACAGUGAUACCACUAAACCUUGUUCUAAAAGUACUAGUUUUCUAUCAAAUUGUCAGCAAAAGUCUUCCAACAUUGUACUUUUCUUUAAAAGCAACCUACAACUAAUUUCCUCAAGAAAUUGAACUUUAACAUUCAAAAUCAAUUGAACAAUUUUGUGAAAAUAUUUUAGUUAAAAAAAAGUGUGAUAGAGAUAGCGCUCUUCAAUUGAAACUGUCUGCGUCUCUUUCUAAACCCAAGUGUAAUUUCUCUCCGUGUGUCCCUAAUUUGAGAAUAGGGUAAAUGUAAACAACAAAAUGUGAACCUACCCGCAUAUUUUAAGGGUAACAGCACUAGUCAUUUGACCGACAGUUGAUAUUGUAUUUUGGACAUUAUUCCUUUAAUAUUACGUUGUAUGGUUUGUUUAUGGCGUACAUAGUUUAUUAUUUUUCUUCUUUAAAAGAUCCCCUUUUUUGGAAGUCGGCUAAUUCCUAAUACAUUCCUAAUGACAUCAAAAAUCACAGUUGAGUAGUUUUCACCCGUAUUCACAAACGAUGCUCGCUUAAGUGAAGCAGCAAAUAGAACGCACAGCGUUGAAUAGAGCUCUGUG